AUGGACGAGGCUUGGAUGGACGAGGCUUGGAUGGACGAGGCUUGGAUGGACGAGGCUUGGAUGGACGAGGCUUGGAUGGACGAGGCUUGGAUGGACGAGGCUUGGAUGGACGAGGCUUGGAUGGACGAGGCUUGGAUGAACGAGGCUUGGAUGGACGAGGCUUGGAUGUACGAAGGUCGGAUGGACGAGGCUUGGAUGUACGAAGGUCGGAUGAACAAGGCUUGGAUGAACGAAGGUUGGAUGGAUGAAGGUUGGAGGUUGGAUGGAAAUGUCUAG